AAUUUCCGUGGCCACCCUUGCUUUAUAUAUUUAAAUGUUAACGAGAUGGACGAAAAUCAAGUUUAUCCAUUUAUGUCUUGGGCGGGUGUUGCGGCAUCUAUUUUAUAUGUAUUUACUUGCAUGCUGCUCCUUUGGGGCAGUCAGAAUGAUCGUCCGAACUGGAUGAUACCAUGGCUUGUAUUUACCUGGAUUGGUGUAAUAUGCUAUUCGAAUUGUCUUGCCUUGGUGAUUGAUGCAAAUGUUAGCCUUUUGGUAGCAAUGGUUAUUAGCAUUGUUAAUUGGGCCAUUGUGAUGCAAGUGUUUUUGAAUUUGAAAAAUUGGACACGCCAAGAAAAUAGAGAAACUAUUAAUAACGAGAACACAGCAAAUUUUCAAUCUACAUCUGCCAACUGAUUUAAUCUUGAUUUCAAAAACAUUUAAAAAACGAUAACAAAUCGACAUGUUGCUCCGCAUAUCGAUAACAAAUCGACAGCUGCGCCGAUAACCAAUAACAUAUCGAAUGUCUUCACUAGCAGGCCCAUCAGCUGUUUUUUGUUUUGAAAAAUUAAGCAAUUAACAAUUAAUGAUAAAAUGUCAAAGCUACCCAAAGCGGCGCUUAGUCUUAAGCAGUUCAUGCUGCGACAAGAGGUAUUGAAACUAUAUAGGGAAAUAUUUCGAACCAUACGCCAAGUGCCGGAUAAACAUAGUCAAAUGGAACUUAAAGCCUGGGCUCGUCAUGAUUUCGAAACGAACCGCCAACAGUGCGAUGAAGUGGCUAUCAAAAUGCUUAUACAGCAUGGACGUCGUAGUCUCACCGAACUAAAGACCAGUUUACAAUUGAGUGAAGUGAAUGGAGAGAAAAAAUGAUUUAGUUAUUUUGUUUUAUUUUUGAGCUCGUCAACCACUUAAUAAGGGAAGAAAUAAAUAGUAGUACAAUGAUUUGUUUAACUAAGAAA